UGAAUGUGAGGUCAUGGAGGACUAUCUGACAACCCUGGUGUCACCAGACUUUCCUGAUCAUUACCCACCGAAGACUCGGCGAGAAUGGAGCUUCGACAUACCCCCUGGCGCAAUGGGUCACAUUAAGGUCAACAUCCUCCAGGUAGAACAUUUUUGGGAUCCUCUUACCCUGACACACAGCAGCGAAACUGCACACGGCACUAACGUCACAACCUUCCCAUUGGUCAGUGGUAAUUUGACGUCACUUCUACUGCCAGAGGGUGUGGUGACGGUUCGCUUCUGCAGUGACGGGUUUCUCUUACAUCCUGGUUUUGCCUUUGAAGUCAGGACGCUUCGUAGUGUCCUCACCGGUGUCGCGAUACCGACAUAUGCCUACUCGAUAGACAUCAAUGCGACGGAUGGUAUGACUGCCCUCAACGCGAUGAUGAAGAAAAUUGCGGAACGUGACUGGCAGCCAUUUUGGGUAAACGCCACGAAAGCCUGGAAUAAGGACAACAUUGAUAUCACGGCCAACAAGGCUGUCAUACUGUAA